CCCUCUUCCCCUCCAACUCAAUAACCACAGAAGUGUUUUUCGUUUCAUCAUCCGACCUACAUAUCAUCCCUUUCUUUUACUGAUUUCCUUUUUUUUCGCCCCUUUUGUACUUCAUAGAGGGUUAGAUCUAGGAGAUCACCUUGUUUCUGUCAUUCACACACUUUCACUUGCCAUCUGAUUCUUGUGUUCUAUUGCUUGAUAGAGCCUUACGGGAAUCCUUGCUUUGGUAUUCUACAGCUCUCUUUUGCCCAAAACCGCGAGGAAAUAUCGACUGUUUUCGGUCCUUCGGAAGCGAGAGCACAUACGCACUUUUUGAGAAGCUCACUUUCCCAACUUUUUACGUUUUCGUGAAAUACCGCAGAAAUGGCCGACGGCUUGAAUAUGGGAAGCCUUACCCUCAACGAUUCUCAGCAUGCGCCUGCGCCUGGAGGUCCCCCCUCUGGAGGCCGUGCUGCCUACAUUCCUCCACACCUCCGCCAGCGCCAGGUUAACGCCAAUGGGGAUGGCGCUUCUGCUCCCCCCCCUGGUCCUACAGGGGGCUCAUGGGGCGGUCCUAGAGGCCCCCGUGGCGGCAACUGGGCUAACGCCAAUGCUCCUGACUUCAACCCCCGUGGUCCCAAUGGUAACACCAACACCAACUCCGGCUGGACUGCCACUGAAGCCGGUCGUCCAUUAUUCAACCCAAAUGCUUACGGAAACCCAGGUCAUGGAGGCGGCUACGCUGGUGCCUCAGCCCGAGGAUCCGGAGAUGGCCAGUGGCGCGACGGCAAGCAUAUCCCUGGUCCGCCGAACCCCCGUCUGGAGCGCGAACUCUUCGGUGUUCCCAACGACCCAACCAAGCAGAACACUGGUAUCAAUUUCGCCAACUAUGAUGAUAUCCCCGUCGAGGCGUCCGGUCACGAUGUCCCCGAGCCCGUGAACACAUUCACCAAUCCUCCUUUGGACGACCACCUCAUCUCUAAUAUUGCCCUCGCCCGCUACCAGACCCCCACCCCUGUCCAGAAGUACUCGAUCCCUAUUGUCAUGAACGGCCGUGAUCUGAUGGCUUGCGCUCAGACUGGUUCCGGAAAGACAGGUGGUUUCCUCUUCCCCAUCUUGUCUCAGGCUUACCAGAACGGUCCUGCCGCCCCCCCUCCUUCGGCAGCUGGCCAAUUUGGUCGCCAGCGCAAGGCAUACCCAACUUCGCUCAUUCUGGCUCCCACUCGUGAGCUCGUUUCCCAAAUUUUUGACGAGGCCCGCAAGUUUGCUUACCGCUCAUGGGUGCGCCCUUGCGUAGUCUAUGGUGGUGCUGAUAUUGGCUCUCAACUGCGCCAGAUCGAGCGCGGUUGCGAUCUCCUCGUUGCUACACCCGGUCGUCUUGUCGACCUCAUCGAGCGAGGCCGUAUCUCUCUAGUCAACAUCAAGUACCUCAUUCUUGACGAAGCUGACCGCAUGUUGGACAUGGGUUUCGAGCCCCAGAUUCGUCGUAUCGUGGAAGGAGAAGAUAUGCCCAACGUUAACGACCGCCAGACUCUCAUGUUUUCGGCCACCUUCCCUCGGGAUAUCCAGAUGCUGGCCCGUGACUUCCUGAAGGACUACGUUUUCCUGUCCGUCGGUCGUGUUGGGUCCACCUCGGAGAACAUUACCCAGAAGGUGGAAUACGUUGAGGACCACGACAAACGCUCUGUUCUUUUGGAUAUUCUCCACACCCACGGCACUACUGGCCUCACUCUUAUCUUCGUUGAGACUAAGCGUAUGGCUGAUGCUCUUUCCGAAUUCCUCAUCAACCAACGUUUCCCCGCCACUGCCAUUCACGGUGACCGCACUCAGCGUGAGCGUGAGCGUGCCCUUGAAAUGUUCCGCUCCGGUCGCUACCCGAUCCUUGUUGCUACUGCUGUCGCUGCUCGUGGUCUUGAUAUUCCUAACGUCACCCAUGUUAUCAACUAUGAUCUUCCUACCGAUAUCGACGACUACGUCCACCGCAUUGGUCGUACCGGUCGUGCUGGUAACACCGGUAUCGCCACUGCUUUCUUUAACCGUGGCAACCGUGGUGUCGUCCGUGAUCUAAUUGACCUGCUCAAGGAGGCUCACCAGGAAGUUCCCUCUUUCCUGGAGAGUAUUGCGCGUGAAGGCAGCGGAUAUGGCGGUCGCGGAGGCCGUGGAGGUCGUGGCCGCGGCGCUAACGCCACUCGGGACAUGCGUCGCAUGGGCGGUGGCAUGGGUGGCCCUCCUUCGUAUGGCGGCGGUAGUGGUUUCGGCGCUCCAGCGAGCAACUACGGUGGUGGUUAUGGUGGUGCUCCUUCUUACGGCGGCGCCGGCUAUGGAGGUGGCUACGGCGGUGGUGGCUAUGGCAACCCGUCUGGUUCUACUGGACCUUCUUCCUGGUGGUAA